UGUUCCGGUGAAAAGGCUGACGCUGGCGAGAAAUUAGAUACUGUACCAAAGAAGAAAUAUCGGGAUUAUCUCCACAAAAUAUAGAAAAACAGUCAGAAGAGUCUUCUUGCUCCUGCAGUCACUAAUCUUGGAGUGUAUUUGGUAUUAAAUCCUCUAUAAAGAUGAAGAGCGAUACUGUAGCUCAUCACCUUGUCAAGAGAUGGUCAGCCUACAUCCCUUCCUUCACGGACAUUUUUGAUGAAGAGAUGUUCUACAUCUGUUUCUUUCUGUUGACACUGGGACACUAAGAGGUCACAGAGCAAAGUAAAGGUCACAGCUAGGGUGGACAAGUCAGAAAUCUAACUUCAAGUAUCAUCAACAAUGGUACGACGAAUGCCAGUAAUCAUUGGAUGUGCCCUGACAGCACUCUGUGACGCCACGGUAGCGACAGUUCUUUUUGGACGUGGCAACCAAAUAUAUGACAGAUUUUCAACAGCAACAGCUCAAUUCUCCGUCCUUGAUUCUACAUUUGAAUUAUGGUGCUUUGGUGUGCUCCGAGCUUGCGUUCUUUUUGGCCUCACACUUGCAGUAAUAAGGCACCCAGUAGAAGCCAUCACACGGAUUAAAAAAGUUGAGGAAGGAGCUAUAUGUUUUCCCCUCGUGAUGGGAAUAUAUGACCUUGUGAAAUUGUUAUUGAUAUCCGAUGAUUCAGCAAGAUUAUAUGACAAGUGGUUCUGGGCUCAGUUUUCAUGGUGUCUGAUGGGCUGCUGUCUGUUUCAUAUACAUUACUAUGCUUUAGGAAAAAUCACACUGGUGCUGGACGGGGAGCUCUUUCAAAACGACUAUGUGCGAAUCAACGACGGUGAAAGUGAUACAGAGGAAAGGAAACCACUUUUGUCUUCAACAACCGCUAGACAAAAACCAACGUCAAUUGACGACGAUGAUGAUGAAGACAGUGAUGAUGAGUCAUCAGAAGAUCGAUCUGUUGCGGAAAAGAGAGCAACAAUUUUCAGAUUGUUCUCCUAUUCUAAACCAGAUAUAUCAUACAUUAUGGGGGCGUUUUUCUUCCUAGUAAUAGCGGCAGUGGGUGAGAUAUUUAUUCCAUACUACACUGGACAGGUAGUGGAUGGAAUAGUGAUUGAUAAGUCCAAGGCCAAAUUUACACAGGCUAUAAUCUACGUGGUCGUCAUAUCGGCGGGAAGUGCGAUAGCGAGCGGUCUACGGGGAGGACUGUUUACAAUAGCAAUGGCGAGGCUAAACGUUCGGAUAAGAGACCUCCUCUUUUCUAGCAUUGUUGAUCAAGAAAUCGGAUUUUUCGAUAGCGUAAAAACAGGUGACAUCACGUCUAGACUGACGUCAGACACCACUGUGAUGAGUGAUACAGUUACCUUAAAUUUAAACAUCUUUCUGCGUAGUACCAUCCAGGCGGUGGGCGUGAUUGUGUUCAUGGCCAAGCUGUCCUGGCGCAUGAGCAUAUUGUCUCUUAUUGUUCUUCCGCUUGUGUUUGGCGUAUCAAAGGUCUACGGAAAGUACUACAAGAGACUCUCGAAGCAAGUACAGAACCGACUCGCCAAAGCUAAUGAGGUGGCAGAAGAAACAUUUACGAGUAUGCGUACAGUUAGAAGCUUCGCCAAUGAAAGUUCAGAAAAGGCUCGUUACUAUGCCCAUCUAUUUCGUAUGUACAAGGUGAAGAAAAAGCAAGCAAUGUUUUACGCAGGUUACGUCUGGACCAAUAAGCUAUUUGAGCUGAUGUUGACUGCAUCGGUAUUGUAUUACGGGGGCCAUCUGGUGAUCAGUGCAAAACUGAGUGGAGGGAAUCUCGUCUCAUUCGUCCUCUACCAAAUGCAGCUUGGAGAAUGCCUUGACAGUAUUGGCAAUGUAUAUACAGGGCUAAUGCAGGCUGCUGGAGCGUCACAGAAAGUGUUUGAGUAUAUGGACCGUACUCCAAAUAUCCUCAACAAUGGAACUGUAGCGCCCCAUUGUGUCCAUGGAAGAAUUGAGUUCAAAGACGUUACUUUUGCAUACCCGUCUCGAAACGACACACCUAUAUUAAAGAAUGUAUCGUUCUCGGUGGCUCCGGGGGAGGUGGUGGCCCUUGUGGGUCCUAGUGGGAGUGGCAAAACAUCUUGUAUUAACCUUAUGGAACACUUCUACGAGACAUGUACGGGGUCAGUAUUACUGGACGGCCAUCCAAUACAGAGUUACGACCAUACCUACCUACACACAAAGGUGGCGUUAGUGGGACAAGAGCCUGUACUGUAUGCGCGAUCACUCAAGGACAACAUCCGCUGCGGCCUACCGGAAGAGCAUUAUGGGAUGGAGCGUGUCAUAAGAGCAGCGAAUUUGGCCAACGCCCACCAUUUCAUCAUGGAGAUGAAGAAAGAAUAUGAUACGCAGGCUGGAGAGAAAGGUCUUCAACUAUCAGGAGGACAAAAGCAGAGGAUUGCCAUUGCGCGUGCGCUAAUUCGCAAUCCCGCAAUUUUAUUACUGGAUGAGGCCACUAGUGCGCUCGACGCGGAGUCGGAACACGUGGUUCAACAAGCAAUCUACAAAAACUUGCAAGGAAAGACUGUGAUAAUAAUAGCACACAGACUCAGCACAGUGGAGAAAGCGGACCGCAUCAUUGUCAUCGAAAAAGGACAAGUAGUUGAACAAGGGUCCCAUUCGGAACUUCUCUCACGGAAAGGACUUUAUACCAAGCUGGUCAAAAGGCAAUUGAAAGAUACUAACUCAUCUUGAUCGAUGGUAAAGAUUUAUAACAUACAGAGUUGUCAAGUAUUUGAUACAUUUUUCUGUGAUACUUUUUUGUUUGCUUUGCAUGAUUUGUUGAGCUUUACACUCCAGAAUUGCGUCAGGAAUACGUCUUUAGGUGGUUUUUUAGAUGGCAGGCAGUAAAACUAUAUUGGGAUUAUAGGGGACCAUAUAAUUGAUAAACGUUAUUGUCGCAUGAGAACGCUCACAUGCUUGUGGCAAUUAGAAAAAAGAAAACAUGUAUUAGAUGAAUCUCAUCUCUAAAAAACGUCAAUUCAUCAACUCGUUAUAAUCAUCAAUAUCUUCGUUUACAAUAUUAAGGGUAUGUAUUCUUUCCUUUAUCUCCUCCUACAUGUACCCACUAUUUCCCUUCAGUAAUGUCUUUAUAAGCACCCGUCUUCCUAUGAACCUAGUUGUUACGAAGAUGUUUAAAACUCUAAAAGGUCAACACAAAAUAAACGUACAUACAAUGUUCAUGAAGUGUAUUACAGCGUACCAAUAUCCGAUUAUAAUUACCGUUCUGUUUCAAUGUACAACAUAUUCACUUUAUAUGUUUUAUAGAGUUUGUUCAUUUCAUUCAGUUUAACUUGGACGUCUGUUUGUCACCUUAUUCCGUUGUACCCGUAUAGUGUAUUUAUCUGAACCUUUGUCGUUUUGGCGUUUGUUUAAUGACGUUAUAUUAAUUGUGUGUCAUGCGAUGCUUCAUUUGUUUCCGUUUCUUGCCUAUCCCGUUUGCAUUAUAUCUUAAAUUUACCUCCAAAGCAUUUGUUUAUUAUCAGUUUCGUGGUGUUUAUAUCCUAAUUGUUAUUGAGACUAUGGAUACGUGUCACCCAUAGACAAAGUGUUUCGAAUAAUUAUAUAUACCAGUUACAUUGCAUAUAGGAAUGGACGGUACACGUUUAGGAAUACUUUAUUGAAGCUCGUGUACAAAUGUCACGGGUAUUACUCCCUGUUGUGUUGUUUCUCGUUUAUAGCUCUCAGGAUCUUUGAUCUAAGUCAUUCUCGUUAUAAUAUUGUAUCUCUUGUACAGCUGUCAGCAUCGCUGUUUUUUUGUUUUGUUCGAGGUAAUACUCGCUAUGUUUUAACUCGUUUAUAACUUUCGUGAUAAAACUCGUUAUAACAGGUUAUUGUGUAUCCGGUAUAGCUGUCAGGAUAUUUGUUCGAAGUAUUACUCGUUAUAAUAGUGUGUCUUGUUUACAUCUGUCAGGUCCUUUGUUCGAGGUAAUACUCGCUAUUUUAGUGUGUCGUGUGUACAUCUGUCAGGUCCUUAGUUCGAGGUAAUACUCGCGUUUUUAGUGUGUCGUGUGUACAUCUGUCAGGUCCUUUGUUCGAGGUAAUAUUCGCUUUUAUAGUGUGUCUUGUUUAGAUCUGUUAGGUCCUUUGUUCGAGGUAAUGCUCGCUUUUAUAGUGUGUCUUGUUUAGAUCUGUCAGGUCCUUUGUUCGAGGUAAUACUCGCUUUUAUAGUGUGUCUUGUUAACAUCUGUCAGAUUCUUUGUUGGAGGUAAUACUCGCUUUUAUAGUGUGCCUUGUUUAGAUCUGCCAGGUCCUUAGUUCGGGGUAAUACUCGCUAUGAUAGUGUGUCGUGUGUACAUCUGUUAGGUCCUUUGUUCGAGGUAAUACUCGCUUUUAUAGUGUGUCUUGUUAACAUCUGUCAGGUCCUUUGUUCGAGUUAAUACUCGCUUUUAUAGUGUGUCUUGUUUAGAUAUGUCAGGUCCUUAGUUCGAGGUAAUACUCGCUAUGAUAGUGUGUCUUGUGUACAUCUGUUAGGUCCUUUGUUCGAGGUAAAACUUGGUAUUAUAGUGUGUCCUGUUUACAUAUGUUAGGAUUUGUUCGAGGGAAUACUCGCUAUAAUAAAGUGUAUCGUGUAUAACUGUCAGUCCCAUUGAUCGGGGUAAUGCUUGCUAUUACAAGUACACAUUGUGUUGUUUCACGUUUACAUCAGCCAGGGCUUUUGUUCGAAGUAAUACUCGGCUAGUUCACCUUUUUCCUGUGACAAUUGAUGAAUGGUGUACUCUACCAGAUGUGAUUACUUUGCAUAUCUUACCAAUAAGUUAACCUUCACUCCGAUGUUUACAAGAACAACUUUUGUUUGGUUUUAACAAACAAUCCGUCGUCGAACCUCUACAUGUUGAUUUCUAACAGUUUUAUUUUUUGUUCAUUACAAAUAACAAUAUAAGAUUUAUACAAUUUUAUUUGUAUAGUAUCACAAAUACUCGAUUAUUUUGUCACAAACACGUUUUAUUAAUGGUGUGGCAAGUGUGCAUUUAAUAUAUAAUCUCAUGCAUCUAGUCAAAGUGUGUUUAUUAGUAUCCAUCUUUAUAUUUGUUUGAAGCUUCGUUCGCAUAGUAUCUGGACGUAAUCAAUCAACUAAUGCAGUCUGUCAAUUUGUUAUAUUGUUUGGCUUUUUUUUGUGAUUGUGAAAGAAAGAGUGAGUGAUAUUGUUUUGAUGAAUCUUACAUGAUGUUACCUUGAACUUCACUUGUCGAUAUUGUACGUGCGAGACUGUGGCAUAUCUGUAUGUAAGAAAUGCCAAUUGCAUGCGGAAUAAUGUUAUGUCACCGUGAAAUAUUGUGAUAAUAAUUUUCCCAUAAAAACUCUGGAAAGAAGAUCUACAUGUAAUUUUCUCAUAAAAACUCUGAAGAGAAGAUCUACGUAGACCGUGAAAUAUUUACAUAAUGAAAAGUGCCAUGCUUAUAAUAACGUGUGUGUGAUACAGUGAAACAUAUACUGGUAUGAAUGAUCAUGCUCGCAGUGAUAGAAAUACGAGGAACAUAUAAGGAAGCGUCCAGAAAUUUAGAAUGCCGUCGAUGCGAAGCAAUGUGCUUAUGAAGCCCGUUAUACAUUAUAACUGUUGGUUUGACUGCAACAGAUAAUUGUUUUCAAACAGGUGUUCCAGUUUCACUCUGAAAUAAAGUUUUGUUAUGUUAUGCGCCGCUGUUACUAGAAACUAGGAUUACACAAUACCAGUAACCUUUUCAGCAUUGUCUUAACCACGUUGAUUUUACCAGAAUCAGAGCUGUGUAUUGUAACCAAAUCUCACCACAUAUUGCAUCAGAUGAAACAGCAAAAAUGGGCUUAUGAGUUUUUGUCUGUUAUUGUUAGUUGACCUGUUUGUUUCAAUAUCAAAUAAAACAAGCUAAAGAAAU